UUUGUAACUCUAGUGGGGGCACUGCAAUGACUCUAACAUAAUUUUUGAACUUCCACUGAACCGUGUUUUCAUCACUUUUGCACAGAAGCGCACACGGUACACACCGGGAGAGGAAAAGUGUACACCGCGAGCAUUAGCCGCUUAGUACCUGCAUGUGGACAUCCGAGUACCUAAACCGCAAGUUGUCGUUCGAUUCAAUUAGCGUUCUGAACUUUUCCAUUCUUGCGAUAAGACUUCUCAAGGAAGAUCAAAGGGUAUUGGUGAACAGUAGAAAAGGAUAUUGAAAAUCUAGAGGAGGAGAUUAAAAGCAGAGGAGUUGGUUGAAGAGUGAAACAGGACAGAAGCUAGACUCUACUACACUAUCGAAGGAUAUCAGUGGCCAAUAAAGAAGAAUAUUGAGGAGAAGAUUCGAAGACAAAUCUAGAGAAGAUUCAAAGACAUAUCUACAGACGAAGAUCUAAAGACAAAAGAAUUGGUCGACACAGGACAGAAGCUUCCAGAUAUGUCGCCGAGCCUCAGAUUUGCCUGAAGAAGGGAAACGCUGAUAGCUGAGAUUCUUAGACAUAUAAGCGCCGCGGGACUGGUCCUAUCAAAUCAGUGUUUCCUUCCGUAAACAGCAAUCGCGAAUCGACUAGUUCUACUGGUUAACGAAUCCUGUGCGCGAUCGUUCAGCCGACUAGCUCGUAACACUUUCGCAACGCACGUGACAGCGCACCUCCGUGUGACUUCGCCGCGAUAAAAAAUACGUUUCUGGUGAUUAGACACGAGCAAGAGGUAGCGCGCCCCCGCGCACGUGCCCUGCCAGGACUUCCGCCAAAAGUAUUGGUCCAAGCGAAGUAACAAAAAUGAAAGACUUCAUGAUGAUAUGGAACCGAUUCGCCGGUCGGCGUUACUCGACCGUGAACACUGGCCAGAAUCAAAACAACAGCAGCAGCGAGGACGACGAGAUGACAAUCGCACAGAAAACAGAGACCAUCAGGAGAAAGUCAUCGGUGGUCGUGAACCGCUUGUUUAAUGCGGCAUUGUCACCGGUGCACUCAGCCGACAGCACGAAGUGGCCAAAGAAUAUUUUCGCCCUGAUGGCUUUGAGCGCGCUCUGCCUGACGAUAGGCUCCCUGUUCAUCGUCUUCGAACCGUACGAGCUGUUCUUCAAGCUGAAGGUGGUCUUUGGACCGGGCGGAGAGAUUUUCGAAAUGUGGCGGAAACCGGAUGUCGAGCUCUACUUGAAGGUCUACCUCUUCAAUGUGACAAACCAUGACGAUUAUAUGUCCGGCAAAGCCAGCAAACUGAGUUUCCAAGAAGUCGGUCCCUACGUGUACAGAGAGGCUUUCGAGCAUCGAGACGUUGAAUUCAACACAAACGGCACCAUAACUGCAAACGUCUAUCAUCCAUUGGUCUACGUGCCGGAGAAAAGCAACGGAACUGAGGAGGACCUAAUGAUACUUCCAAACAUCGCGUUGUUGAGUAUUACGAAUGUAAUGAGAGAGGCUUCGUAUUUGACCAGGUUGGGCUUGAACGUGCUAAUUCAUCACACGGACUCGAAACCUUUGGUCCCAAUGACCGCUCGAGAAUUUAUGUUUGGUUACGAAUCCACCUUAGUCACUUUGGGCAAUAAAAUGAUGCCGUCAUGGAUCAAGUUCGACAAGCUUGGACUCAUCGAUAGGAUGUAUGAUUUCGAUGGCGAUUACGAAACAGUUUACACUGGAGAAACCGAUGUUCACCUCUCGGGUCUAAUUGAGAAGUACAAUGGCGAUGUAAAUUUACCGCAAUGGACAGGAAAGUGUGCGAAUGUGAACGGUUCCAGUGACGGCGCCAAGUUCCCAGGUUACAUAGAGAAGAACGACAGUGUCCUUUUCUUCAGGAAAAGUCUGUGUCGUAGUGCCCACAUGAAAUAUAGCGGGGAGAAGACGAUAAACGGAUUGCACACGUACAAGCUAACAUUCGUUGAAAACGAAUUGGAUAAUGGCGCCUACAACCCGGAGAAUAAAUGCUUCUGCCGUCAAGGGCAUUGCUUGCAACCUGGCUUAAUAGAUGUAACCGACUGUUAUUAUGGUUUUCCCAUCGCUCUCUCUUAUCCGCACUUUUAUAAGACGGAUCCAUCCGUUUUGGAGGCUGUGCAGGGUUUAAAUCCGCAGGCGGAUCUUCACGAGUCUUUCGCAUACGUUCAACCAAAAUCGGGGCUUCCGGUGAACGUCGCCUUCCGAUUCCAAAUAAACAUGGCCUUGCAAAACAUCGGUCACAUGGCCAGAGUGGAGAAAUUCGAAAAUACCGUGUUGCCGCUCCUAUGGUUUGAAAUAGGUUUGUACGAAUUGCCAACGGCAAUGAACAUUCGCUUUUGGUUCUACCUAAACUGCUUGCCAGUUUUUACAACCCUGAUGACGUACACCUUUGUGAUCGCCGGAGUCGCGGGAAUAAUCGUCAGCAUCUACAAAAUCGUUUUGUGUCAAACAAAAGGAUCAUUGUUACCCAAUCAGAUUUCGGACAUCAAAAAUCAUAACUUACAGUUCAUAGCGAACAGACGGCUGUCGUGCAAAAUGAACGAAAUAGACAAUACGUUGCUCGUGUCGAAGGACGGGAACGGGAUGUCAGACGUUACAACGGAACUAUUGAAUUUGAAAGAGGAAAUUGUGUGACCGAUUGUACGCGAUUUGAGUUUCAGAAAGAGGCUAUUUUCCACGUAAAAGUCGUUCUACGCUUAUAUCCAACGGGAGGCUUCGAAUGGCUGUGGAUUUUGAGAGACCACACCCGCCUCGAGUAAACGAGCGAAGUCCGUAUUAAUAAGUAGGAAAGUGCUUCCACAAUUGGGGAGCUUAGAAUUAUUCGUAUCGAGACGUCUCAAUUUUAUGGUAGUUUUAUAGAUUUCAAACUGUAUCGUAACGCUGACAGCGUCAUGAAACAGUGGGCUGAUAGUAUUCAUUUCAUGAUUUACUAUGAAACGCGUGAUCGUUAAAAGGGUUGAGUUAGUUUGAAUAAUAAAAUCAUAACGAAUAAAUCACCUUAGAUGGUGAGUAGUGUCAUCUGUUCAUACAUUUUUCUAUCGCGACGCAAUUAUCAUCUGUCAAUACAAACGGUGCAAAUUCAUAAAUUUUCUAUUUACUGAUACGUGAACAUCGUAUCAGAAUCGAUGUCAGUCUUUCUUUUUUUGAAAAUAAAUUAUUAUUAAUUAAAUUACUAACACUUUACUGUUCUAUAGUCAAUAUAUAAAUACAGUAAGGAAUCUAUUAUGCUUAUUGAAAAUAAUAAAAUCAGUCGUGUGAUGUACAUACGAUGAAUUUGCACAUGAAUGUAUAUGUAAAAAAUAAAACGAAUUAAGACUGAUUCUAAUAUAGACUGUACGUAGUAAUUAAGUAUUUUUGAUGAAAGAAUAACUAAAUGCAUUGGUACUAAUUAGGCGGAAAGAUUUCGAUUUGAAAAUCGAAGAGCAUAUAGGGGUUGUAGUUGCAUUGUAAUUGUAAAUCACGACAUACUUAUAAAAAAUGAUCUACUUGGAAUUGCACCGUUUGUUAAUCUAAUACAUAUUUAUCAUUAUUAGAUUAUUAAGAUUAUAAAGUACA